CUUCAAACAGCUGAAAAUACAAUAUUUUGGGUUAUUGAAAAUAUAAAUCAGAGUGGUUUUAGAUUUUAGAAAAGUUAAGGCUAUUUUACAAACAAAUGUAACAUUCAGUCUUAAAAUGAGUAACACAUCCAUGGCCACAUUCAGCUAACUUUUGCCUGUCUUUUUGAGUUGGUUGUCGUCUCAAUGUCUCAACCAAAUAUUACCCAAUUAUCUACGUUGAAAUGAUGUGUGUCCAGCGGGUACUUUCAAUACUUCUUCUUUCUUUGACUUUAAUACACAUUCUGUCACUUUCCGUCCCAUCAGUUUUGCCCCUCCCUGCCACGUUCUAUCCCUGAAAAACAAAACACCUUAAAGAUAAGUGACAAAAUCAGAACAGAGACCUGAAGGAAGAGUGACAACAUGAAUUUCUCAGAGGAGUACUUGGAGGAUUAUUAUGACACGUUCAUUCAAACGGAUCAUUCAGAGCAGCUAAAUCAGUCCAUACGGGUGGUGUCCAUAGUCAUCUACAGCAUAACCUGUGUCCUCGGUAUCCCAGGAAACGUAUUUGUCAUCUGGAUAGCUGGAGUGAAGAUGAAGAGGACAGUCAACACUGUCUGGUUUGUAAACCUUGCUGUAGCAGACCUCCUCUGCUGCAUCUCCAUACCCUUCUCAUUGGUUGAAAUCAUAUUGAACCAACACUGGCCAUUCGGAGAGGCUAUGUGUAAGGUUAUCCCCUCUGUCAUGUAUCUCAACAUGUUUGCCAGCGUCUUCACCCUGGUUCUCAUCAGCCUGGACCGAUUUGUCCUGAUCAUCCUGCCUGUCUUGGCCCAGAACCACCGGAGCAUCGCCCUGGCCUGGUUGCUGUGUGGUCUGGCCUGGGUCCUGGCCUUGCUCCUCAGCCUCCCCACCAUGAUUCAUAAUGGGACCAUCGAUAGUGUUGACAAUGACGAAAUUAUUAUGUGCACCUCUGUACACCCCCUUGGCGAAAACAACAUUAGGGGCUUCUUUUCUGCCAUCAAAGCCACCCAUGUUCCCAGGCUGGUCCUCGGCUUCCUCGUUCCCCUGACGGUCAUCGCUGUCUGCUACCUGCUCAUCGGCAGGAGGGUGAGCAGCGCUCACUUCAAGUCUCAGAGGACCUUCUGGCUCAUUCUGGCUGUGGUGACAGCAUUCUUUGUGUGCUGGCUGCCGUAUCACACCAUAGGUAUGGUGAUUGGGUAUGGUAGGUUUGCCUCGGCCGAUGAAGCCUGGAAUUGGUACCCCCUGGCCAUCUCUCUGGCCUAUGUCAACAGCUGCCUCAACCCUGUCCUGUAUGUAUUUAUGGGCCAGGACUUCAAGGAGAGGGUCAGGGUCUCUUUCCGUAAAAUAUUUGAGAAUGUCUUCAGUGAGGAUGCCAUAACACACACAUCUGUGACUCAUGUCUGAGUCCAAAAUGUCUGAUAACUCUCCUGGGUCGUAUUCAUAGAACAGCAUACUUAAGUUAUAGAUAAUGCUAAGAGUGUGCAAAGCUGUCAUCAAGGCAAAGGGUGGCUACUUUGAAGAAUCUCAAAUAUAAAAUA